AUGGAAGAAGACUUCUUCUCCGACGACGAAACGCUAGACGCCCUUCCAGAAAAAGAGCUACAAGCGCUCGAGGACGCCGCAAUCUCAAGCACCCAGGCGCGAGCAGUAGCAGUAUCAGCCCAGCAAUCAUGCCACCAAUACCAAAAACAACUCCCGCUCCCACAACGGCAGCAAUGGUCACAACGAUACCAGCAACAGCAGCAGCAGCAGCAGCCUCCACAAGACCAUUACCUCUCUCCCGCACAUUCGCUACCAUCCGCAGCUCCGCCCGUCCAACGGAGACCUUACCAGCGACCAUUCAAGCCUCCGUUGCAACAGCGGCGGCAGGAAGCUGUCAUCGUGGAGUAUGAGACACUUCCGACCCUACCCUACGUAUCCGAGCCUCCGACGCCACAGCAGGUCCAGCCGCCGCCGAUAGAGGCGGCGGUGGAGGUUGAAGCCGCCUCUUCGGAUUAUGGACCUGUUGACUUUGACCUCGAGAUUGCGGAGGAGUUGUUUGACUAUGCCGCGCCAAGGGCGGAGGGUGAAGGGAAUGGUGGUGGCGGUGGUGGUGGGGAGCAAUAUGUGUAUGACGAGGGGCAAUUCAAUGUGGAGCACGUUGGCAAAGGGUAUGCUAACGGGUAUGGGGAACGUAUCCGGGGGGAUGAGGAUCAUAGGAUGACGGAUGAGGAGGAAGGUAUCCUGAGGCGUCUGGAGGAGGUAAGUUUUUGCCGCUCUUUAUUCACUCCUAACUUUUACUCUCGUGUAUUAUAGUUGAGCCAACCAAUGAUUACAGCUGCGAGUCGAAAACACCCGUCUUGAAUCUGAACUAGCGAACCUAAAAGCCCAAAAGGAAGCCGAACUCGUAUCGCUCAGACAAGUCAAGGACGGCGAAACAAGCAUCAUCCGCAGCAAUUUGGCAAAGGAGAAAAAGGAACACGCCCGAAUAGUCACCUCCCUGACAAAUCAGCACCAGGCAAACACCGACAAACUCAAUGCCCAGAUCGCGGAGAAAGAGAACGAGAUCAAUCGGCUGAAGACUACGCAUGCAUUCCUGGAAAAAGAGAACGCGGACUAUGAGAAGCAGAUACGGAGUUCCAAGAAGGUUGUCAUCAGUAGCGGGAGGGUUGGCAGGAGUCCUGUUACUACCCCGCGGAAGGGGAAGGGGAUGCAGCACAGGGAUGGAUUUGACGACGACGAGAUCAUGAUGGGUGGGAGUCCCUCUAUGAUGGCUGGGAGGAGGACGCCGACUAAAGGGGUUAAGAGGAAGAGGACCGCUCAGGAUAGCCCUAUCAUCCCGUUACCGUUGAGUCAACCCAGGAGGACAUCUGCGUCGUUCACAGAAGUUCAGGAGCAGGUUGUUGAUGAGGCGUUAUUGGAACGGAUGUUCCUAGAAGAUGAUCGGUUUGAUGUUUGUCCCACUGAAGUAUCUGCGGUUCCCCGAACAUUGAAUCGCUGAUCGUGGGAGCAGUUCUUAAAAGCACUUGUGGCACAUAGGGUCAACCGAUCCGAAGAACGAGCGUUAGAGGCUUUAACAAGAUUCUCUUUUCCUUCUUCUGACGCCACAAUCUCAUCUUUGUUCCUGGAUAGAGUCACGUUGUUGGAGACCACGGCGGCGAAAUUGGAGUUUUCGGUUGGAGUUUCGAAGGUUCUACUUAAUCUCUGGGCCAGGUGUUUGCAGGAGUCAUUUGUAAGACUGCUCUCAACCCAUUCCUGCUCCUGGAUAUCUGUGCUGACAAUGAUUAGUUUGGGCCAUUAAUGUUUCUUCUAGACCUACUACAGUUCAGCGUUAAUUGGGACCAAGGUGGUAAAUGCCACUGGUUCUGCGAGGAGGCGGUGGAAUUGAUUCAGCGGACGGUGGACAUCAAUGCCAUUCCGACACUCCAAAAGAACUUUUCCAAAAUCGAGAAGGACGUAAAUGUUACCCCCUGCCUGGAGCUCUUGGAAAGCAUAGCCCUGGGAAUGGUUGGAAACGAGACCCAUGUGAGAAGGUAUGAUAGGAGAAUUGAUAGCAGGCUUGAUCCAAUCCCUUCCCGCUAACUAAUGUUAGAUUCUGGCAUUGUGUACGUUCAGACUUCCCCCUUAUCCUGCUGAACCCCACACAGCCGAUUGAGCAUAUACACCGCAUGACGUCGAUCCUUUGCACGAGCGUGACCAGCCAAUCUUUCGGACCACGGGGGAGCAACGAGACGGCCCAGCGCCAGAACGAAUCUAACCUGUUGGCGUCCAUAACGAGGGUAUUGUCAGAUACCCCUGGAUCAGCAACAGGUGAACCGAGAUGGGAUAGAGUUGAGGCCGUAGAGCUGAGGAAGGAGAUAGUCCAGUUUCUAGGCACAGUUGCGGGUGUGAAACUUGGAAUUGAGGCUCUUGCCCAGCAUCAGGUCGUGUUGCCAAGGUUAUCGAAGAGGAUCGCAGAAGAAUUGGAGGAAGUGUAUGAGUGGAAAUAUGGAACGGAUAGAAGGUACGUGUUUUCCCCAAUUCGCUUCCGCCAUUUCCCGGCAAUCCCCUUUUUUCUUGCUUCUCUUCCCUUCCCGCUCCUUCUUCUCCUGGUUCCCAACACGCUCGUCGGUCAGAAGACGGAAUAGUAGGAGAGAGAAGAAGAGAAAAAAAACACCCCCCCCGAAUAAAAGGGACAGGAAAUUCGGGAGAAGGAGAAGAAAGAAAGAAAGAUAUGGUAUCCCGUACAGAAAGAGAAGAGAGCAGUAAAGGACUAAGUAAAACCCUCUGUACCACAGUUCCCAAUUCCUGAAUUCGGCCGUGCGCCUCCUCCACGCGAUCAUCACCACCAACGCCCAGGAUGCAAUCGUGAAACUCUCGGGAAGUACAAGCUACAAGCACAUCGUCUCCAUGACGCGUAUAGCAUUUAGCGAUGGGGAGCUUCAGGAGUCCGGGAUAGAGGAGACUAUAAUGUACCUCGCUCACGAGAUUCUAGAAGUAAUGGUCACGCCGCAUGAAGGGGAGAAGCUCUGGAGUCUUUUUCGUCCGUGAUUAAAGGAUGAUGGCGAUUAUACCCCCUUCUUUCCUUCCCUAACUUAUCGAUAUUGUAUCAUACCAAAACCUUUUCCCCUUCCUCCUUUUCUCCCCCCCUUUUUUUCUUUCCCAUCGGUGGGCCUAGUUUGUAGCAUAUAUAUAUAUAUUCUUCCUGUCUCCUGUAUCGCAACCCGGUACCGGUAGUUGGGAAGGGAGGGAGGGAGAAGGGGAAAAAAAGGAUAGAAAAUACUCGUACUCGAGUAUCGUGGUUUACAAACAUUGAUAUACAGUAACUUUAGCACAAAGUUUGCGACGGCCAUGGG